AUGACGCCGCCGUCUGUGUGCUUGUCCGCUUGGCGUGUACGAAGGGAAUUCGCCUUCGUCACGGGGGCCACUUACUUGUACUACGCGAGAUUCCUCGAGGCGGACGAGUUGUCUUACGGUGAUCAAGGCCUAAAAUGGGAGGGACUGCUGCCAUCUCUCACGGUCUUCCUCCUGAUGUGGAUCUUGUCAUUCCACAGCAUGGGGCAUGUACUGUUGAAUAUCGCGUAG